AAAGAAGUUACUUUUUCAUUUCAAAUAAUAAUAAAAAAAAUUAUAAAAAAAGAAAAACAGAAGCGAAUAUUUUUUAAAAUUUUAAUUGCAUACUUUAUAUACAAUAAUAUUUACAUAAAUAAUAUUAUUAAAAGAAAAUGUAGUAUACAUAUAUUUAAAAAAUUGUUUUGCUAUUUUUGUGCAAUAUAUAGUAAUAAAUUCAAUUUAUAGCUCCCUUCUAAACUAAAUUAUUGAGAGAUUAUUAUUAUUUAAGGGCGUGUAUCAAAUUUUUUUACUAUUAAAAUUUUCCAAGAAUAAGUUAAUGCAUUUUGAUAAUGUAAAAUAUAGUGUUUUUUCUUUCUCAUUUUGAUAUUUUGUUGAAAAGAUUUUAAAAAUUUAAAAGAUAUGUACCGUACUUUACACAGUUUACAUUUAUGCGGUAUUUACAUACAUUAUUUAUAUGUUGCCUGGGGUAUAUAUUGUUUAUGUUAAUUGUACUUUUAUUAAAGCAAAUUGAAAGAAGAAUUGUGUUUUUAUUUUAAUUAAUAAUUUAUAUGAAAUUCGUACCUGGCUAAUUUUUUAUAUAUAACUCGACUUUUACACACGUACAUAUUAAUUCAAGUAUACAAAGAUCCGUUUAGACAUCUAAGCGAGAAAGAAAGAAAAUCAUAUGUAUAUUGUUAACUAUACAGUAGAAACUUUUCAUAUGGAAUUUUAAGCAUUGCAUAUAUAUAGUUUUGGCGAGACAAAACAAAAAAAAACAAGGAAACAGCAAAUAUAUUUUAUUUUCAUUGGUAAAAGAAAAGAAAUAUCAACAAAUCUACGAAAUGAAAGCCUACGAGUAUGAAAUAUCCUUGGGCUGGUUUUCCGGUCGGUAAGCGGUGGUCUUAGUUUUGAAUGUUGUUGUCGGGUGAAAUUUUAAAUAGGGCACCAUUGAGCGUGGCUAUAUUACCGCCACCCUCAUUGAUUGAACUUUGUAAAGCAAUGGCGGCUAUUGCCACACUUGCAAGUUCACAAAAUAUUGACGAUGAUGAUAUAUUUUUAGAAAACGGACUGUUAAGCUACGAAAAUCCAAAUUAUCACAUGGAUCCACAAAGAAUUGAACGUAAUUCUCAUUUGUAUGAGGAAAUAUUAUCGGAAUUACAUCAGCAACAAAGUUCCUUAAAAAAUCCAAAUAAACCACAUAUUGUUAGUAGCCGUAAGGAUUAUGCCCGGAUUGAUAUUGAAUCAAUGGGAGUUGAUUUAAAAGAAAAUUUCAGUGCAUCAGAAAAACAUUUACUUUAUGAUACAUCACCAUCUGAAUCAAAAACUAAAUCAGAUCAAAAAGAACGUGAAGAUUUAAAAAAUUCCAUAGAUUUAAAUAAUAAAUCAAACAAGGAUAUUAAAGAAAAGGACAAUAAUUCAUUGCCUAUAAAAUAUAUAUCGGGUAAUUUAAAUUCUGAUGAUUUAUAUGCACUACCAAAUAAAUCGGCAACAACAACAACCACAACACCAUCUACAGGAGUUACUGUAAAUAAUCGUAACAAUAAAGAUUUUAAUAAUGAAUUGGUAGAUGAAAUUGCACCAGAAGAUGAUGUUAUAGAUUAUGAUGGUAGUGGUGAUGUAGAAGAUGAAGCAAAUCAAAAAAGUAAAUUAACAAAUCGUACCAGAAUAAAUGAAAAUAAUAAUCGGAGUCAACAGCAACAACAACAACAGCAGCAACAACAACAAUUUCAAAAUGCUAAUGAAUAUGAUGAUGAAGAAGGUGAUGAAGAGAAAGGUAAAAAAGAAGAAAUUGAAGGAAUUGAAGAUAAGGAUGCUAAUAAAGAUUUGCCACCUGGAUGGGAAAAACAUGAAGAUAAUGAUGGACCAUAUUAUUGGCAUAUUAAAUCUGGCACCAUACAAAGAGAACCACCAAUAUGGCCAAAAUGUGGUAAUAAAGAACUUAAAACUCCUGUAACAACAUCAUCAACAAUGAAUCCAACAUUUAUACCACAUCGUAGUCCAAAUAAUAAUAUUUCAUCAUUUCAAACACAAUUUUAUGGUUCAAGUGGUGGUACUAUAGGAGGUGUUAGUGGUAGUGGUGGUAAUAUUGUUGGAGGUAGUUGUGGUUUAAAUGGUACAAGAGAUAUUAUGACAGGAAGUCGAAUAUCAGUAGAUUCACAAGGUUUAUCGGUAACUCGUAGCAAUACUAUUAGUUCUUCAUUGGACCAAGAGGAGGAGCGGAGAAGACGUGAAGAUUUAUCUUAUAAACGGCGAAGUUAUCCUUUAAAAUCCGAUUCAGAUAGACCAAUACGUUUUGCGGUAAGAUCACUUGGUUGGGUUGAAAUUGCUGAAGAAGAUUUAACACCAGAAAGGUCAUCAAAAGCUGUUAACAAAUGUAUUGUAGAUUUAUCAUUAGGAAGAAAUGAUUUAUUAGACGUUGUUGGUCGUUGGGGUGAUGGUAAAGAUUUAUUCAUGGAUUUAGAUGAAGGUGCUUUAAAAUUAAUAGAUCCCGAAAAUUUGACAAUACUAAAUACACAACCGAUACAUACAAUUCGUGUAUGGGGAGUUGGACGUGAUAAUGGAAGGGAUUUUGCAUAUGUUGCACGUGAUAGAUUAACAAGAAUUCAUAUGUGUCAUGUAUUCAGAUGUGAUACAGCAGCUAGAACAAUUGCGAAUACUUUAAGGGAUAUUUGUAAACGAAUAAUGAUUGAAAGAUCAUUACAAUUGGAUAGCAACAGUAGCAGCAUAAAUAGUUCACCAAACACAUCAAAUGGUCGUAGUGCAAUACGUCCAACUGAUUUACCAACAGAGAAUAGAAAAUGGGCAAGACAUCCUCAAUCAUUCCCAACGCCAAUGGAAGAACCUAAAAAAGUUUUAAAGGCAUCAUAUUUAGGUUCAAUGGAAGUAAAUCAACCAACUGGUAUGGAAAUAUUAAAUAAUGCAAUUGAUUCUGUAAUGGCUAAAACAAGACCUGAACAGUGGGAAAAUGUUAAUGUAUCUGUCGCACCGUCUAUGAUUAGUGUUCAUAGUUCAGGGGAUGAUUCAAAACUUUUAACUGAAUGUAGAGUCAGAUAUUUAAGUUUUUUGGGUAUUGGAAAAAAUGUUAAAAAUUGUGCUUUUAUAAUGCAUACAGCACAAGAUAAAUUUGUUGCACAUGUAUUUCAUUGUGAACCGUCCAGCGGUGCUCUAUGUAAAACAAUUGAAGCCGCAUGUAAAUUACGUUACCAAAAAUGUUUGGAUGCACAUCCAGAAACACGUUUAUCCUCCGAUUCUAAUACACCUAGUAAAGGUAUCGGUGCGACAAUAAAAAACUUGAUGAGCUCCUUAUCAUUAAAAAAAGAUCGAACGAAUUCCUGAGAAAGAGCUAAAUCUCUGCAGGAGCUAUGGCCACUACCUACAGAGCGGGAAAUCAUUCCACAUAGACAUCUGCAAUCACCUUUAACGUAUAAAAAAAAUUUCGGUCAUUCACAGAGUCCGUAACGUCAGCUGCAACAAAAAUUGGAUAACACUAUCUUAAAUGCAAUAACGGCAACAACAACAGCAACAUCAGCAACAACCACAACAUUAGAAAUGUCAAAAAAUUUAAGUAAACAAAUAUUUUUGAAAAAUAAAGUCAUGACAAAAUCUUUAUCACCAGCAUCGUUAUCAAAAUUAUUAACGUCACCCACGAAUCUGACAUCAGAAAUAUCUGAAUUGCCAUUGUAAAUUUCAAAAGUUUUCAUAAAGAAAUAAUUUCGAAUGUAAUAAGAUAAAAAAAAUAAAUUGUCAUUUUCAUUAUAUAUCAUAAUAAAAUUAAUAUUUUAAUUGCAUUAGAUUGAAUAUUACAUUGUAUACAUACAUUUACAUACAAAACAUACUAAUGAAUUUAGCAAUCGCUAAAAUUGAAAAU